GAUGCUGAUAAGGACAGAAUCGAAACAAAGAGAAACAUUGAGGAUGUGGAGGGCCAUGGGUAUAAUGAAAUCCAUAUAAAUAUAUAUAUAGAAAUCCAAAGUCGAGAUAAUAUUUCCAUAAAGCAUUCAGUUUUGCAUGAACUCUGAGAGAAGCUAUACCAUGAUGUGGCAAUACCUGAUUUUGCUGACUGCAUUUACUGUAAUACCAGCUUGGUCUACCAAACUGGAGUUUCCAUUGAAAGAGGGAGAUCCCUGUCCGAGUAUGCCUAGCUACCCGGAGAGCACUUGCAAAAAGAAUUGCUCUGCGAUGAUUGAAAUGCAUAUUCUCCGAAAGACUCUGACAGCUAAGGAUGUGGUGCAGUGCAAUGUGGUCGAGGAGCUCACCUGCUGUCCCAAUCAUCCGCCUCAGGAUCCAUCUAAACCCAACCAAUUAUCCCCUCCUCAGUUGCCAGGGGAUACCAAGUCUGAACCUGAUCCCCAGAAACUAUAUCCACACCUGGCUUCCCUGCGCUAUCUCAAUUCUGUUACCUUAGACUUCUAUUUAUAUCGCUGCGCCGCUUUGAUAGUCAAGGAGAACAUGGUGCUCACAUCGGCCUAUUGUGCAGGAUUGGAUGACAUUCUUGAGAUGCCAAACCGUGUCCGCCUUGGUCUUAUUCCUCCGUUCAAAGAAGAGCUAGGAAUUGGGAACAGUAAUUAUGUCUACAAUAGAGAUCUUGUUAUGUUCCCGCUAACUGGCAAUUAUGGUAGUGAAGCCUUGGCCAAGAUCUGUAAGCAAGAAGAUGUGGACAGCUCUAGAAAGUUGGUGGCUGUGGGCUUUGCUCAAAAGAAUGAUGCCAACUGUGAGUGGUUUGAGCAGGAGAUGUCUUUAAGGCCAUUCAAUACAUGCAAUGUGACAAUUACGUCUGAGGUCAAAGGUGUUAAUAGUCAGACCCAUUUUUGUGUUUACCCCGUCAACACGCCGGCAUCAAAGGCCGGCUCCUGUUUCCGGUGUUUUCGUGCCAGUGCCAGUGUCCUUCAUGCCGUACAAGCUGAUGGAAGAGUUUGUGUAGCUGGUAUUGCCACACCCACUGGCGGAAAGUGCUAUAAAACCGGAAAUGCUGAUCUGUACUUCACCAGUUUUAUUAACCAGGCAGUUCUGGACUUUAUCAAUGAGAGUAAUUAAAUAAAGGUGUAAGAU